AUGGCAGAGACAGCGCUCAGCCUGGCAAAGUCGAUCCUGGGCAGCGCCGUCAGCAAGGCGGCAUCAGCUGCCGGUACUGAGAUAAGCUUGCUGAUGGGCGUGCAGAAGGAGAUGUGGUUCAUCAAAGAUGAGCUAAAAACCAUGCAAGCAUUCCUGCAAGCUCCUGAAGUAACUGAGAAAAAGGAUAAACUAGUGAAGGUUUGGGCAGAGCAAGUACGAGAUUUGUCCUAUGACACUGAAGAUUGCCUUGACGAGUUUAUGGUCCAUGUUGGGAGCCAUAGCUUGUCAAAACAGUUGUUGAAGCUCAAAGAUCGUCAUCGAAUAGCUGUCCAGAUUCGCAAUCUCAAAUCAAGAAUCGAAGAAGUCAGCAGCAGGAAUGCACGCUACAACUUAAUCAAGACAGAAUCCUCCAACGUAUCUGAUGAUAUGGAUUCGAACAUGGAAGAUAUCCGCAAUAACUCAGCAAGCAACGUUGAUGAAGCAGAACUUGUGGGCUUUGCUUCACCUAAAAGAGAGUUGAUUGCUCUGAUUGAUGUCACCGCCAUGAACGGUCCAGCUAAGGUGAUAUGUGUGGUUGGCAUGGGUGGUUUAGGGAAGACUACUCUUGCAAGGAAAGCCUAUGAAAGCAAGGAGGAUACUCUGAAGAGCUUUCCUUAUAAUGCUUGGAUCACCGUGUCACAAUCAUUUUCUAGGAGGGGGAUGCUCCAGGACAUGAUCAAUCAAUUUUUUGGUGCUAAUGCAUUGAACGAUCUCUUGAAACAACUUGCAGGAAAAGUGUUGGAAGAGGGCCUUGCUAGCUACCUCAGAACAGAGCUUCAGGAUAAGAGGUACUUUGUUGUUUUUGACGACCUAUGGGAAAUAAAUCACUGGAAUUGGAUUAGUGGUAUUUCACUUCCUAGGUCAAAUAACAAAGGUAGUCGGAUAAUUGUUACUACCAGAGAUGCUGGCUUGGCAAGACAUUGUACUUCAGAAUUACUCAUCUACCACCUGAAACCCCUAGAUAUAGAUGACGCCAUAAAGUUGCUACAAAGAAAGACAAACAUAAUAGAUCACGACAUGGACAAUGACAAGAACCUGAGAACACUAGUUACAAAAGUAGUAAGGAAGUGUGGAAAUUUACCAUUGGCAGUACUCAUAAUAGGAGGUGUUCUAGCCACUAAGAAGAUAGCAGAGUGGGCAAACUUCUAUAAAAAUCUCCCUUCAGAGCUUGAAGAUAACCCAAGCCUAAGCAGUACCAUCUUCCCUGAGGAUUAUGAAAUCAAAAGAAGUCAUGUGGUAGGCAGAUGGAUAGCAGAAGGGUUUGUAAGAGCAAAGGUUGGGACAACCAUUGAUGAGGUUGGGAAAGAGUACUUUGAUGAGCUAAUCAGCCGGAGUAUGAUUCAAUCAUCAAGAUUGGGUAUAGAGGGAUGUGUCAAAACUUGUCGAGUUCAUGACAUCAUGCGUGAUAUCAUAGUCUCAAUUUCUAGAGAAGAAAAUUUUGUCCACUUAAUCCACAGUAAUGGAAUUAAUGUACCAGAGGAAAACUUCCGUCAUGUUGCAUACCACGACAGCAAGUGCCAAAAGGAAGGCAUGGAUUGGAGGCAUAUUCGAUCAUUAACUUUUUUUACUGAGGGGUCUGGUGGUCGGGAUCUGGAUGUCACACCUUCAAUUUCUACACCUAAGUUGAGGAUGCUAAGAGUUUUGGAUUUAGUGGGUGGAGGAUUUAGAAUCACACAAGAUGAUAUAAACAAGAUAGUGCUGCUGUGUCACUUGAAAUAUCUGAAAGUCAGGGCUUACUGGUCAGAAAUCUAUUCACUUCUGAGUGACAUAGGAAAUAUGCAAGGCCUACAGAUUUUGGACAUGGGACGCACUUAUAUUACAACUAUGCCAACAGAAAUCACUAAACUUCGAGAUCUCCGUGUCAUCCGGUGUAAUAGGAUAGGCUAUUCUUUUUUGGAUCCAGAUGAACCAGCGCGUUGUUUGUUUGCCACAUUGUGCCUGCCAAUCCUAAUAGCUGAUUCAGACAGACGUGCCAGAGCAAUUGGUGAUCUACACAUGGGCUGCUCUAGCGGUUGGUCCAGGACUGGUGGAGAUGGAGUGAGGGUUCCAAGAGGAAUUGGAAACCUAAAAGAGUUGGAGAUAUUAGGGUCUGUGGACAUUAGAAGAACUAGCAGCAAAGCAGUUAAAGAGCUCGGGGAGCUGACCCGAUUAAGAAAAUUAGCCAUAGGAACAAACGGGGCUUCCAAGAAAAAGUGGAUUAUUGGUGUCAAGCACCUUCCAAGUCUCAAGGUGAUUUCACUCAAUUCAUCUACGGUGGCGAGGCUCCGCAUGCUUGAAGAGGAAGUGAACGCACACUCGAAUCGUCCUGUCCUGCGGCUGUCAGAGGACCGAAACUGGCAUGACCUGGGAGACGUUGAAGGAUCCAAUGUGGAGGUGGAAGCCACAGAAUCCUUUCCUGACGACGACACAAAGUGA